GUGCGCCCAGCCGUUGACUGGCUUCUCAGCUCGAUGUGUAGAGGAUGAAAAACUUAUGGAGCUGAUAGGAAAGGCGAAUAAGAACUGCGACACUUUAUUCCUCGUUGACACUCGGCCUAUGGUUAGUUUUCUACGCCUAUUCAAUGCGAAGCUGAUAUCUUACAGCUUCAGUAUCGAUGGGUUUUUUGUUAUGGGGCUGAAAGCAUGGGAACAUGCAUAUGAAAGUAUAUCCUGUGUUGUCCAUUGCUCCGAUGGAUGGGAUCGUACUGCUCAAACAGUAUCCCUAGCUCAACUGCUGCUAGAUCCCUUCUUUCGGACAAUCCAUGGAUUUCAGGUCCUGAUAGAAAAAGACUGGUUAGGAUUUGGUCAUAAGUUUGAUGACAGAUGUGCCCAUAUUGGAGCACUGAAUGAUGAAGCGGCCAAAGAGGUUUCUCCGAUUUUUUCUCAAUUCCUCGACUGUGUCCAUCAGAUUAUGAAACAGCGUCCGAGAGCGUUCCAGUUUAAUGAUCGAUAUCUUAUCGAUAUUCAUGAACAUGUGUACUCAUGCCAGUUUGGUACGUUUAUUGGGAAUUGCGAAAAGGAUAGAAAGGAUUUGCACAUAGAGAAGAGAACGAAGUCAUUGUGGACAUAUUUGGAUCAUCGUCAAGAUGAUUAUCUCAAUCCAUUUUAUGAGCGGGUGAUAAAUCGUCCCUUCCAGCCAACGACAUUCGGUGUACUGUCUGGGAUUGAGACAAGAGCAGCGGCGUUCAAACGGGUGAUAAAUCGACCCUUCCAGCCAACGACAUUCGGUGUACUGUCUGGGAUUGAGACAAGAGCAGCGGCGUUCAAACGAAUUGCUGAAUUAAAAUGUCAACUUGGACGAGGAGGGACGUGUUGUGGUAACUCGAUGGCUGACAGUGGUCAUAGCAGUGGCACCGGUCAAUCCGAAGAACGACUGGCCUCAGAUCAACGACCAUCGUCACGCGAGAGUGGCAUCAGCUUGUCAUACUCGGAAGAAGUGCUGACACGGCUUCCAGUACGAUGGCAGUCAUUAAGGGAUGCAUCCCAUUGCACAUCAAAAUCGUGUAGAGCUGAAUUUGCAUCAGCUGUUGAUCGACGUAUUCAUUGUCAUCGUUGUGGGAAGGUACGUACAUUAGAUAGUUCAAUUUCGGUGCGACAGUGUUUGCAAUGUUUUUGCAAAAGUUGUAAGGGUCGUCUUGAGAGGACGAGUUUUCUGGAAUUACGCACUGUAUUUUGUCGUCGUUGCGUACGGGUAACUGCAGAUGAACGAGAACGCAUCUGCGAAGGAUGCCGAGCAAUCUGUUAGAG